AUGAGACUACUCUGCCUACACGGCUACGGCACCAACACCUCAGUCCUCGAAAACCAGCUCUCUGCCAUCGUUGCGGCCGGUGAGAGCAUCGAGUGCGACUACCUCAAUGGCGAGAUCGAAUGUCAAAAGGCACGCGGUCUAGGAGCCUUCAACAUCGGCCCCUUCGCCUGCUACUACGACAACUUCGCCCCCCAAUCCGUCAAAAAAGCGCACGAAAUGAUCCGCGAAGUCGUCGACGACGAGGGCCCCUUCGACGGCAUCCUGGGCUUCAGCCAGGGCGCCUCCCUGGCCAUCUCCUUCCUGCUGCAGCACGAGAUCGACCGGCCGCAGGAACCGUACCCCUUCAAGUUCGCCAUGAUCUUCUCCAGCAUCAUCUCCUUCACGGCGGACCCCUCGUACUGCAUGGACGUGGUGGACCGCCUUUCCGAGACCGACGUCGCGCACCUCGCGGGCUUUCCCGACGCGGACCUCUCGACCUUGUCGGAUGAGGCGCAGUUGCUGUUCGGCACCAUGGCCAAGGCGCUCACGGCGGGUAUGGCGGGUGGGUUCUUGCACGCGCACCCGGACAAGGAGGUCUUUGAGAGGCGCAACGCGGCGCAGAUCCCGAGGAUCAUUCAUCCGCAGUUGGUGAGGCAGCGGAUUCGGAUCCCGACGGUGCAUGUGGUGGGGAGGAAGGAUGAUCCGUUGAUGCUGGAUCAGUCGAGGCUGAUGUAUCAGCUCUGUGGUGAGGAGGUGGCCAUGUGGUUGGAGCAUUCGGCGGGGCAUGAUGUGCCGAGAGAGAGGGGGGAUGCCAGUGCGGCGGUGAAGGCCAUGGAGUGGGCUUUCAAGGAGGGGGAGCAGCAGGCUUUGCUGUCUAGGCUUUAG